AUGCAGGGUUUGAAGCGGAAACGCGUUAUAUUAGCUUGUCAGCCUUGCAGAGAGCGCAAGAGGAAAUGCGAGGGAGGGGACCCCUGCGCUACUUGCCGCGAAUGGGGCUACCAGUGCUAUUAUCCAACGCGACAACGAAAGUCCCAAACCGCCCAGCCGUCACCAUCGAAUGAACAAUCUCAGCCUCUGUCGUCUCCCAAAUCCAUCCAGGAUGAUGGUCUUAUGGAGUCAGAUCAAUCGGGACUGGUUCGCCGUCUCGAGGCGAAUUCUGGCGCUGCAUUCGUUAGGAAACUGGGCCUCAAGAUCGACCCAGCCAAGGCACCAAAACUUAACCUCUUCGGUUGGAAUAUUGGGACUCGGAAGCUAAGCUCUUUCGUUGCAAAAAUUGAUAUAUCUAUCAAUGAAAUUACUUCUCUUGCCCAUAUGAGAGAAUUGGCCCAAUUUUAUUUCGACAAAGUGGAUCCUUGUUACGGAUUUAUCGAUCGGCGUGUCUUCUAUGCACGAUUAGACGCUCGGCGGCAGCCGGCCCUUUCCCCAAUUAACAUGUAUGACCCCUCGAUGGAUAUCUACGAUAGUGUCCUAGCGGGAGUUGCUGCUAUUGGUUGCUUGUUCUCUUCAUUACCCGCCACACCCACAGAAGUCCAGCUAGUUCGAAUGGCGCGAUACUGUUUAGAAAGGUAUCAUCUAGCAGGCCCUCCUUCUGUAGAUCUUCUGACUGGAUGGACUCUGAGAACGAUCUAUCUUCGACUUACAGACACCCCACAUACAACCUGGAUAGCCAGCUCCACUCUCAUGCACCUGCUCGAGGCCUCGGGCUUCCACCCCGCGCCAUCGGAGUAUUCAAUUCUUCCACAUAGCGACGAUUGCGACCCGGAAAUCAAAAAGCGAUUAGUAGGAGUGGCCCAUCACUUAAAUAUCUGGACGUCAUUUGACUUAGGGCUAUCUCGAGUCUCAUUUCAGAAAAGUGAUCUACCGGAUAUACCAUUAUCCAAGCCCGGGGACUAUACUGACGAAAUUCUCGGUCUCCUGCCAGUAUCCGUUAGUCUAGAUCCAGGAGGAUUGAAGGAUGAGGUCGAUCUCACUUUGACUUUGCCCAAGCUCCUAGACAGGACUCACACCGAGCCUCCAUCAGUUCUUGCACAAUGCAAUCUCGUCCUUUGCGUUCUGCGACGUAUUCAUACACAGAACCUGGAUAUUUCAUCAAAUCUAGCAGAAAGAGUGUUGAAACUUCUGAAGAAAGGUCUAGACUGCGCUUCUAAGAUGGUAUCAAAUUGCUCGCCAUGGCAUCAAGUUGCGAAUGUUCCAUUCCAAAUAAUCUGUGUUCUUUUGACACUGGAUACGCGAUCGUCACUUGCAAUGCUCCCAGAAGCAAUGAAAACGCUGAGUCUCGUAGCAUCAAUAUACGACACUCAUGCACUAGCAGAGGCGUACAGCACUGCUUGCUUGUUAGUCAUGCUGCAUCAGCAGCGCAGAAAAGAUGACAUUGCUAUUUUGGGCGAAUCACUCAAUUUCCGCUCUGGCGUUCAUCAAACGGAGUGUCGUACUCCAUCUCAGUCUGAAUUUCAGCCUAGCUCCGAGGAGUAUUCUUGGCUAGGAGCGCUUGUUGCUGAUUUACCUGGAUUGCAACGCGUUGACCUUGAUCAAUUUUUAAAUGCCGAUAUGAUGGAUACGUCUUCACUUUGGACCGGGGGUGUUUAG